AUGGCGUCGAUGUUUGUUCCCUACCUAGAUGGAGAUAUAGGAGAGCGUAAGAUACAGACUUCCGAGUCUACUUUCCGGCGUCAGCGUGCAACCGACGUGGAGCGGCUCGACAUGGGAUACCUACAGGUGUGGCUAUAUGCAAUGCGACAUAAUCCGUUGAUGGCUCCGGACGCAAAGAAUGAUGAUGACCUGCUAGCUAAGCCAGUGCGUGCCAAAGCCGAUGAAAGAGCGAUCUACGAGAUGGCCGGACUUGCUCGCCGGCUCGGAUUCAAGUCUCCAGAAAUCGAUGUUUUGGUAGAUGGCUCCCCCGACCAUCAGAUUGCACGGGCGGCUCUGCUGCAGGCCAGGAAACCUAAUCGGUUCCGAUACGACACCAGACAGUUCGAUAUCCUGGUGAACCGAAUUGCCGAGUGCUUCGCAAUGGCGGCGCCCUACGAACCUGAUAUAGGACAUGAUCUUCUUGCAGACAGCACCAUGAAACCCCGGGCUCGCUGCGGGAUGCCACGAAAACGAACCCACAAGCAAGAUAGCCCUUUGCUCUUCCUGGACCCUUUUAUGUCCGCCGCUGUGUCUAUUUCCUUCUUCGGAAGAUCUGCACGACCUGAGCCCACUGUCAGCGACCGGGCCGGAGAGUCUCCCGGGGAUAUUCCCCGGUCGCCGUUGUUCGUCGGAGAAGAUGGUCCAUCUGGCGACCAUGGAUCCGCUCUGCAAGCGGCUUUACCAAGGGAGUCACCUCAACAAGAACAAGAACAGCCACAGGGGCAAGCGGCCCGACGGGAUGAGGAGCAAUGUUCUCUGCGCCGCCAGCAGGUACCGAGAGCUGAAAGAAAACGGGAUAUUGCGUCAGUUGCGUCCAACGGGAGAAGGGAACGACGAGUCCGAGGAGUACGACCCCAUGGAGUUGGAGUAUCUGAGCAUGGAGCCCUCGGAUCAGGAUAUGUCCGACUGUCAUCCCAGAAACUCCCUGACGAAGGCCCACAAGACAAAUCAACGCAGUCCGAUCCAGCGACCGCCCUCACGCCGCACCCCACACAUGGCCCUGCCGCCCUGGAAGAAGCAGAUGCCCAUAGCCAUUGCAUGAGAAUUUCACUUGAGGCAACCCCGCUUGAGCAGGACUCAGACAACAGAUCAACAGUAGAAGAUCCACCUCAGGACGAUGGUCUUGAAGAUCAGGCGCGUAUUGAUCAUCCAUCACAGCCACAGUCUACGGAAAUUGAGGACGGCAAUUCUUCGAGUAUUGGCGGCCCUGCUGGGCAACAACCGGUCUUGGUUGAAUACCUUGACCAACUGAUGAGGGCCCAGGAAGAACAGGGAAGGCUGGAGGAGGAGUUAGAACCACAGGCUGCUGUUCCAGAACCUUCUCAAGACCCAUCGCCAGCUUCUCACCAUGAAGAACAGCCGGAGCCCCCAGUGGAGAAUCUCGAACAUGUAGCACCUACUACCCAUGAUGAUGCCAGCCACCCCCUUGGUCAGGGUCCUCCCGCAGAUGAUGCUGGGCCUCCAGCCCCGGUGGAGGCACCACAACCACCAGCUUUUGUUGAGGUUUGCUUCUGGCGGUUUGAACGAGAGGAGUGGAAGCGGUCCGACCGCCUCCGAGUGGAUCCUUCCGAUCCGUCGCCGGUGGAACGAAUUGCAAGGAAGUAUUCAUCGAAGAACUAUUCGCUGUAUGAUCGGAAUCUACAAAGCCUCAGCCCCGCCCAGUGUUAUCGCGCAGCCACUGUCGACGGCAAUAAUGCCAUAUUCCUGAUCUCUGAGCAUGAAGAGCAGAGGCUUGCGGCCGAAGGCCGACUCACCAAGGACAAGCAGCUUCUAUCGUUGGUCUCUCGAGUGCUGGAUCGGGCCGAACCCGAACCGAUGUCCCCCACCAAACGUCACCGUUCCAUGUCGCUCGGGAAAUUGUGA